AUGGGGCGGCAAGAAUCACAACCAAAUGGAAUUCAUCAUUCCCGACAGCUUUCGGCUGUGCCACGAGCUGUAUCGAUGAUUCAAGUACCUCCGAGUCGGAGGCCCGCAAAGUCUACUCAGUCAGUGCGCCGAACAACACCACUGGUAGCCAAUUCCCAAAAAGCCACAAAGGGUCGCUCAUCACUCCGAGCCAAGUCGCUGCCAGCGCCUCAGAAAGAUACCCGCACGGGCCGGCUAUCUGCAGCACCAGCGAAGCGGAAAGCAACCGCAGCCUCUACACUUCCUUCCGUCCGGGGUAAACCCACGGCGCAGAGGCCAGCUGCAGCACAACGGAAACCACCCCCUCCAGCUGCUACUAUCGUCACGCGAUCGCGUGCACGACGCGCCUCGGCGCCACCAGAGGUCGUCACACCUCAGAAGAGGAAGGUAUUCGAUGGGGUGGUGAUAGAUGUAAAUGAAAGACAGAUUAGUGUGCCGUCUGCGCGGGCCAAACGUCUGCGCAUCCAGCCACCACCUACCGCGCCACGCCCGCCCCGGAAGAAAGUGUUCGACGGGGUUGAGAUACCGUCUACUCGAUGGAUGACCACUUGGGUGGCGUCCGAAAUUACCGUCCGACGUACACAAUGCCCACCACGCCCAUCACGCCCAUCAAAAAAGAAGAUAUUCGACGGAGUGGAAGUCGACUGUCUUUGCAGAUGCUACGCCGCCAGGGAACAAUUUGGUACGUCAUGGGGGAACUUGGGGGAGGACGUCUAUUCAGCCUUGUCUGCAGAUCACGUUAGCACACCUGGUGCAGAAUUAGAAACGGAUAGCCAGAGCGUCCAUUCGGACGACUUGGUUUACAUGGGUAGUGUGGACACAGCACAGCCUGCAUAA